AUGCAACUAAGACGAUGAUUAUUUUCUACUAACCACAAGGACAUCGGAACACUUUAUUUAAUUUUUGGGGCCUGAGCUGGCAUGGUAGGCACAGCUAUGAGUGUGAUUAUCCGUGCCGAGUUGGCACAACCUGGUUCGCUGCUAAAAGAUGACCAGAUAUACAAAGUGGUCGUUACCGCACAUGCGCUAGUCAUGAUUUUCUUCAUGGUAAUGCCAAUAAUGAUUGGUGGAUUUGGGAAUUGACUCAUUCCACUAAUGAUCGGUGCGCCAGAUAUGGCCUUCCCCCGCAUGAAAAAUAUGAGUUUUUGACUUAUUCCCCCUUCUUUUAUAUUACUUUUAGCGUCCGCAGGAGUAGAAAAAGGAGCAGGAACUGGCUGAACUAUCUACCCUCCUCUCUCUAGUAAAAUAACACACGCCGGUAGGUCCGUUGAUUUAGCAAUCUUCUCCCUUCACCUGGCCGGUGCCUCUUCCAUCUUGGGCCUCAUUAAAUUUAUAACAACAAUUAUUAAUAUGCGGACACCGGGGAUGUCUUUGGAUCGUCUUCCUUUAUUCGUCUGAUCCGUCUUUGUCACUGCCUUCUUGCUCCUCCUUUCUCUUCCAGUAUUAGCAGGAGCAAUUACAAUGCUUCUCACAGAUCGUAAAAUAAACACAACUUUCUUUGACCCUGCAGGAGGGGGAGAUCCAAUUCUAUUUCAACACCUAUUCUGGCUUUUUGGACACCCCGAGGUGUAUAUUCUUAUCUUACCGGGAUUUGGUAUGAUCUCACACGUUAUAGCUCACUACUCUGGUAAGCGAGAGCCUUUCGGAUACCUGGGGUUGGUUUAUGCCAUGAUUGCAAUAGGAGUUUUAGGAUUCCUUGUCUGGGCCCACCAUAUGUUUACAGUAGGGAUGGAUGUUGAUACACGAGCAUACUUCACUGCCGCCACAAUGAUUAUUGCUGUCCCAACAGGAUUAAAGGUUUUCAGAUGAAUGGCAAAGCUCCAAGGGUCUAAUCUACAAUGAAGACUCCCUUUAUUAUGAACCUUGGGGAUUGUAUUUUUAUUCACAUUAGGAGGACUCACAGGUAUUGUUCUUGCCAAUUCCUCCAUUGACUUUGUUCUUCAUGAUACCUACUACGUGGUAGCUCACUUUCACUACGUUCUUUCAAUGGGGGCUGUAUUUGCAAUCUUCGCUGGUUUCACUCACUGGUUUCCCCUCUUCUCUGGUUAUAGCCUACACCCAUUAUGAGGAAAGGUUCACUUCUUCAUAAUGUUUGUUGGAGUCAACUUAACCUUUUUCCCUCAACACUUCUUAGGUCUAGCCGGAAUGCCACGACGGUACUCAGACUAUCCAGACGCCUAUACACUUUGAAAUACUAUCUCCUCAAUUGGAUCAACCAUCUCCGUAGUGGCUAUGCUAUUUUUCCUCUUCUUAAUCUGGGAGGCCUUCGCUUCUCAACGGGAAGGAAUCACCCCAGAGUUCUCACACGCCUCACUAGAGUGACAAUACACCUCCUUUCCCCCUUCUCACCACACCUUCGAUGAAACACCCUCUACCAUAAUUAUUGUAAAGUAA